GGUGCUUCUCCAGUCUCCUCAUUCUCAAUGGGUUGUGAUCAUGAGCCCUUGGGCUUCAGGACGAAAAGGCGCUGUCGAACCCGAUCCAAAGGAAACCCGAUGAGCAAACUCGAUGAUGACGAUCUCCUCCUAGAAAUCUUGAUUCGCCUUCCGGACCCUGGAACUGCAUUGCGCUGCAAACCCGUCUGCAAGCGGUGGAGUUCCCUCAUCUCCAGUCCCUACUUCAACCGCCGCUUCAUCUCUCACCACCAGAGCAAGAACGCAGAAGGACCUCCUGGUGAGCCAUCAUCGCUCUUGAGCUUUAUCCCUCUGCCUAAUGAAGAAAUUAGAAGGCGUUCAAUUAUUUUUGACUGCUUCAAGGACUUGUUGCUAUGCGGGUUUACGGAGCGUGGGGACUAUAAUGGAGAACUUGCCAGAUUGUACUUGGUGUGCAAUUGGUUUACGAAGCAGUGGAUCGCUCUUCCUUUGGCCCCCGAAAGGACAGAAAGCCCUUUGGGAUUUGUUGCAAGGUUAGUUUGUGAACCGUGUAGAAAUUCUAAUCAUACUCUUGAACUAGGAGAUGGCCAAGUAUUUGUUUAUUCUGCCGAGUAUCGGUUCCGCGUGGUGUAUGCAUAUCAAGAGAUGAGGGCUGCAGUUACAAAACUUGAUGUAUUUUGUUCUGAGUCUGGGAAAUGGACGAAGGAGGCUCUUGUUCUCGAUGGCUAUGGGAAAAAUUUGCGGCAAAAUAUGAUUUCGCUCAAUGGUAAGUUGUGGUGGUCCUACUUAAAACAAGGCGAAACUGGUAUCGUUGCGGUUAAUCCCUUCUGCCCUCAUAUAACUCCCAUCAUUAAUAAUGCUUCUGGAGUUCUAGUGGCGUCUAGUAAGUGUAAUAUUGCGGUUUCACAAGGCGCUUUGUACAUAUUAGUACUCGAAGAGAAUGAAAUUUCCCCAGAUGGUGGUGCUUCGAGGAAUGCAUUGAAUGUUUGGAGUCUGGAAAAAGACGGCUAUAUAUUCCUCACUUCAUGGUGCUCCAUAUCCAGCCGAAGGUCUCAUACUGGCCUACUCCAAUUCCAAGGUACGAGGAAUUGCAAGGCAUAUAUGAUGGAAGCUACAACUGUUUGGUUCAGAGCAGGGAAGCAACAAUUGUCGCACAAGAAUGCGAACCAGUUGACAAAGUUAAGCAACCUGGUCAUCGGAGAAGGGGCAACAGAUCAACAUCACACCAUCGGCGUCCUGUGAAGAUGCAGAAAGAAGUGAAAGGUGCAUGUUCUAAACGCAGAGUCGCCACUAGGAGGAAAAUGAAUUAAAGGAAAGUUGUGAUCAUCCCUAAGGUCCACAUUGUUGCGACUUAUCUAGCAUUUGCCAACAAGCGUCCACAUAUCUUCACAGAGCUACAUAGGUACGAUCCUGAGGCGUUCUCUAUGAUGGGCGAAGAUGACAACAUGGUUGGAGCAGUCCCAUACAUAUUUUUUGCUAGGUUGGGUGCCUCGGGGAGCCAUUGGAGCCAUCAGCAGAUAAAGACCAUAGGGAGCCAUAUGUGGAAGAACUUUGAGCUGGAGAUGGUUGCAGAUAAAGGCCACAUGGAGCCAUCUGCGGAAGAACUUUGAGCAAGAGCUGGUUUCUCCUUUUCGGGAAUUUGUAAUUGAUUAGGCGAGAUGGGAGCAAGGCCCUUGUUGAUGGGUUAUUCAAGCAGUUUUCUGUAUUGCCCUGUUUCUUAGAUUUGACCUUUCAAAAUUAAGGUUAGUUGAGUGGGAUGUUUUAAUCUUACAUGAUAUCAACCCGCACCAUCUGAGUUAACUUUAUACGAGGAUUCUUUCUUAAUUCAAAUUCCAGUAAUAUUUAGUUAUGUUUGUAUAUAUUUUGUUGUAUGAAUGAUAUAGGUUUAAUUUUUUGUGAUUAGGU